AUGGAUGAAAGCCCGGAGAAGUCCAUAUUUAGCUCUUGUACAGAUCAGGGCAAUUACAUCAUUGAGCAGAGUCGGUGCGGUAGGGACUUCCAGGCAAAGAAAAGGGAAAAUCAGUACAGAAUUUUACAAGAUGAAUUAGAAAACCGUUCUAAUCAGGUGCGAUGUGCAGAGAAAAAAUUACAACACAAAGAAUUGGAGUCACAGGAACAGAUAACUUACAUACGACAAGAAUAUGAAACAAAAUUGAAAGGGUUGAUGCCAGCAUCCCUAAGACAAGAACUUGAAGACACCAUUUCCUCCCUAAAAUCACAGGUUAAUUUUCUGCAAAAGAGAGCCUCCAUCCUUCAAGAAGAACUGACUACAUACCAAGGCAGAAGGUAACUGCACAAGAGAAUGCAAUGGAUACAACUUCCAGGCUGCGCUGUGGACUUCCUCCGGCAGGUUUGAAGAUUUGGAUAUUGUAAACUGUGAGAUCAGUGGCAUUUUUAAAAUCCUUAAAUGUAAUUAAGAUCAUAAACACAUGCAUCAUUCAUACGCUAGUGGGGUGGUUUUAUUUGUGUCUGCCUAAGUUAUUUUUUUAACAUUCCUUUAUUUCUGAUUUUCAUGUUUGUGUGCAUUUGAGUAUGUGCUGAGAACUGCUUAUACUGGGCAAAGAAAUGAUUUCUUAUGAUACGCCUUGUUAAUCCUUUUGCAUAGAAUUUUACCAGUUGCGUACGAUCAAAAUCACGUUGAUAGUAUCCUAUCAAAAAUUCUGACCUGUUUACAUUGUUUUCAUGUUCAUGUUCAUAUAUUAUUAAAAUAUUAUUUUGUA